GGUUUAAAUUCAUUUUGGUCAUGGCACUGGAAAUUUAAUUACAAUUACAACUUCUUCUGACAGCAAUAGUUUUGAAAUACUCUGAAACUGGCACAAUUAAAUCAACCAAUAAUAAUGGAUGAAAGGCACAUUCUGCCACCAAUUGGCUCCGAGCGGGCCGAGCGUCUAGCGGCGAUGAACAGCCUGAAUAUCAAUCUCAGUGCAAGCAAGGAGCACAAGAAUGGCUCGACGCUGUGGCAGUGCGAAGCGCAAUUUCGUCGGCGUCAGGAGAAUCCACCAACUGCCGAGCUGGAAGCCUGGCUACGUUGGCAGCGCGAACGCCAGUUCGAGCGCGAGCGUCGCCAGCAGUUCGAGCCCUGGCGUUUCACCGAAGACGAACAGAAGCCGCAGGCUGAGCAGAAGAAGCCGCCGGGCCCGAAAUUGUUGAGCGUGGAGAAGAAAUUGCCGUUGGAUAGUGACAAGGUGCCCAUGGGCCAGAAGCAGCAUCUGACCGCACAGCUGAUGCAGGCGCAGCACCAGACGCGUCGCCUGGUGCAGAGCAUCGAUCAGAUGCUGCCGGCGCUGCCCAAUCGUCAGAUGUUCCAGCAGACGCUGCUCCAGCUGCGCCAGUUGCAUUUACUAUUGAAACGCCAACUGCAAUGGCAGCUCCAACAGGAGCUAGGCCAAACUCAUCAGCCAGAGGAGGAGGAGAUGGAAGAGUCGCUGGAAAAUGGAGCUGCACCAGACGCUGAAUCGGCACCUGGACCAGGACCAGCACCGCCGCCACCGCCACCGCCGCCACCACCGGGACCAGCGCCAGCCGCCGGACACUUCAUAUAUGCGCCGCAGCGAUGGCAACAUCCUGGCCAGCCGUCGUGGCCACAGCAGCAACAGCAGCUGCCACAGCAGCAGCAGCAGCAGCAGCAGCAUCACCUAUCGCAUCAACAGCAGCAGCAGCUACAGCAGCAGCUGCAACAGCAGCUUAAUCAGCAGCAACAGGCGCAGCCACAGCAGCUGCCACCGCCGCCGCCGCAGCAGAUUGCCAAAAUGCAACAGAUGCAGCACAUGCAACACAUGCAACAGUUGCAGCCGUGCGUUGGGCUUAAUUUCAAGGCGCCCGUCUUUCUCAAUAACGGACAUGUGCCACCGGGCGCGGCUCAGGCUGGCAAAUUUCGCAUUUGGUAUAUGACGCACAAUGCAUUGCCCCAUGAGCUGGCGGCCAACCAUUGGAAUUUGCAGCAACCAGAAAAUAAUAGUUAUUUUAGCGCUAAUAAUAACAAUAAUAUCAUAAACCACAAUAGCAACAACAGCGGCCACAACAACAACAACAACAACGAGGCCGGCAAUGACCACAACAGCAACCACAACGACAACGACAACCACAUCAACAACCAGAACAACAACCAGAACAACAACCACAAUAACAACCACAACAACAACCACAGCAAUAUCAUCUGCAACAUUCAAACAAGUAAUAACAAUAACCACAACAACAACCACAGCAACAACCAUUACAACAACCACAAAAACAACCACAACAACAACCACAACGACAACCACAACACCAACAAUAACAAUAACAACAACGACAGCAGCAACAUCAACAACAACAACAACAACAGCAGCAGACACAUACCCUGGCCAAUAAACAUAAACUAAAGACAAAAAAAAAACCAAUUUCAGCAAUCAAAAUCCGAAAAAAAAACGUCGUCAAGCCAAAUUAACAGAAACAUCUACAUUUGUAACAGGGGGCAAGGGUGUAGGCAUGGGACAUCCCGAGCCCAAAGCAAAACUAUAUUUAAGUACACGUACAAAUCUACAUACAAAUAUAUAUAUAUAUAUAUAUAUAUAUAUACAAUAUAUACCUAUAUACAUAAAUAUAUUAAUAUAUAUAAAUAUAGAUAGAAUAAUACACGAUAAAUGAGGGCAGAACAUGCAUGGAAACAAGAGGCUUGUCAGAGAUCAAAUAAGCAAACCAAAUUGAAAUCCAUUUCACAGAGACACGCUUUUUGUUACCUGUUCUUUAAAGCCAAAUAUAUGGCUUAUUUGAACAAAAAAAAAACAAAAGAAGAAAUUAAAUUUGGGAAUAACCUAAAAGGCCUAUUAAAUAUUUUGCC